AUGCGCGGAAUUAAUCGGCAAUUGUAUGACAUUGAGAGUAUAUCGCAGCACCUGCUCGCGGCGCCCCUGUCCAUCGGUAUUUCCGCCAUAGCGCACGUCCCCCUUCGCGGUGCGCGGACGCAGCUCGUGCCGCGACCGUUACGCACGCGCCCCGACCCCCGCGCGUACGCACCUGGCCGACGCAGCCCGAAGCAUAGUUGCCGGGUGGCGGGUGCGCAGCGCCGGGUGCGGACGGCGGAGGCGCAGGUGCCGCCGCGCCCCGCGCCGCGCCCCAGCGGCCGCCGAUUGGGUACAGCGCACGUGCGAGCCUACCCGCUGCCACCUGGCCGCCGUCGACGGGGAGCGCUUAUAAGCGACAGCCCUUCCCUUACCGCAUCACUUCGUAUUCUGACACUGAGCAGUGAACGUGUACGUCACUCGCGCUCCGAACUCUCUACCAGUUUUACGACUCCCGCGCAACAUUGUGAUGAUCGGACUAUUGUGAACUUGUGCUCGAUUAACUGA